UGCAGCUCCGUCGUCCUAUGAUAGAAUAGACCGGUGACCAAUAGAAUCAUAGAUGGGCUGGGCUCUAGAUUUCUCACAGUGUUCCAUGGGGCCCUUAAAGUUUGUUUGUUCGCGGAAUGCGGUGCGGGGUGAAAACGUGUUAGCUACACAGUACGGCGAUAAUCAGAUGAAUCUUAUUGGGAUAUUCGAGACUUUCCACGGACUUCCGAGAUUCCAACAUCGCAAUUAGGCACGAAACUUCUUUAGAUCAGCCGACUCAAUUUUUCUUUCUGUUGAGCCCAGAGGAAGUAAUGUGUAGCGGUAAAACGGCGCUUGCCAUUAAACAUCUGAAUGACAACGACUCUCAAUACAAGCCAGAAAGAAGGAUAAGGAAAAUAACGACGAGGCAAACUGUGGCAAAGUAGACGUCUGCGGGGACGCAAGGAUUUUUCGCCGCUGUAGUCAGUUGAAUUCAUCUGAAACGUGUUGGUUUUGUUAACAUUUAAUGAACAGGAUAGAUACAGUGGAACGCAUGGGCACAGGACUCUGUCACAUUCCAGUAGUAACUAAGAUAAGCUGCGAGCGGCUCCCAGCUGGUUGCUAAGAAGGGUUAAACUGUAUCUAAAGGGAGUCGGAAAAUCCUGCCUUUCCUUCUCACGGAUCAACUCAUUGGGUGGGAGCGGAGAGAGAGACAAGAGUCCCCAGCAAAUCAGGAGCUAAUUGAUUAAAGAGACUUCAUUUGAAUAGGGGACUGGCGAGGUGCCAAUCGCCUUUCAAAGAACCCCUGUAUGAUUAAUCGCGAAGCAUUAUUGAUAAUCAUAAUUAUAGCAGGACACAUGCGCGGUGGAUGGGCUCGAUUUCCGUAAUUUUGAGCAGAUUUUUUAGUAAUUUUUUAUUCUGCCCUGGCUGAUGUGUGAGCCAGCAUGUCGCGGAGGAAACAAGCGAAGCCACAGCAUUUCCAAUCGGACCCGCAUCUGGCCUUAUCCGAGCACAAUGGGGACCCAGAACCCGGCUCGGAGAACCUCCCCAGUAAAGACCCCAACGCCCACGUCUGUGGCAGAUGCUGCGCCGAGUUCUUUGAACUGUCGGACCUCCAGCAACACCAGAAGAAUUGCACUAAGAAUCAAUUAGUUCUGAUAGUAAAUGAAAAUCCGGUCUCUCCUCCCGAACAGUUCUCCCCCAGUUCCCCCCCCAAUAAUCCUGAUGAGCAGAUGAAUGGCACAGUUAAUAACACAGAUCAAGAAGAGUGCAGUGACCUUUCGGAGCAUAACGCACUUGACAAAGAAGAGUCCAUGGAUAUGGACCUUUCCGGAAUUCACAGCCACAGCCACAACGACAACGGUGGCGGCGGCGGCGGCAGCCACAGCAGCAGUAGCAGCCACAGCAGCAGUUGCAGCAGUUCCAUCAACAACAACAACAACAGCAACACCUGCAGCAGUAGUAUUAGGAGCAGCGCUGGCCCCGGCGCGGGGCACUCCUCCAUCUCGAAAUCUCUACCUCAACUAGGUAACCUGGCCGAACUGGGAAGCUUCUCGAUGAUUAACAGCAAUGUCAUCAUCGAGAACCUGCAGAGCACGAAGGUGGCGGUGGCCCAGUUCUCCCAAGAAAGCCGCCCCGCCGGCGGCAACAAGGUGGCGGUGCCCGCCCUCAUGGAGCAGCUCCUGGCCCUGCAGCAGCAGCAGAUCCACCAGCUGCAGCUCAUCGAACAAAUCCGCCACCAGAUACUGCUGCUGGCCUCUCAGGGCCACCCCGAGAUGCCCGCGCCCUGCGGCGCCCCCUCCCAGGGCGCGCCGGGGACGUCCGCCAACCCGCUGACCACCCUCAGCUCCCACCUCUCCCAGCAGCUGGCCGCGGCCGCGGGGCUGGCGCAGAGCCUGGCCAGUCAGUCCGCCAGCAUCAGCAGCCUGAAGCAGCUGACCGCGGCCGCACAGCUACCUCAGACCAACCCCGGCGGCGGCGGCGGCGGCCUGCCGCCCCGGGCCGGCGACUCAUCUCAGAACAUCGGCUCGAUGGUGGCGUCGGCGGCAGCGUCGGCGAACAACGCCCAGCCGUCGGACAAGCAGCCCGCCCACCCAAGCGGCCUCCACCCUCAGCUCGGUGCCGCGUCGCUCGCGAGAACAUCCGUGCCGGCCUUCACGAUAGGUAGCCUGCUGAACCCCGCCGCGAAACCGCGUCUACCUCAGCCCCCCCCGCCGCCCGUGUCCAUGUUCUCCAGCUCUCUGCCCAGCAUCAGCGCACCCGUGGAAGACCUGAACUCCCUGGCCGUCCUGGCGCAGAGAAAAGGCAAGCCCCCCAACGUCACGUCUUUCGAAUCCAGGCCCAGCUCCGAGGAGGCCUUCUUCAAACACAAGUGCAGGUUUUGUGCCAAAGUGUUUGGGAGCGACAGUGCCUUGCAGAUCCACCUGCGAUCUCACACCGGGGAGAGACCGUACAAGUGCAACAUCUGCGGGAACCGCUUCUCCACCCGCGGGAACCUGAAGGUCCACUUCCAGCGGCACAAGGAGAAAUAUCCCCACAUCCACAUGAAUCCCUAUCCGGUCCCAGAGCACUUGGACAAUAUUCCAACCAGCACCGGCAUUCCGUACGGCAUGUCCAUGCCCCCGGAGAAGCCGGUGACUAGUUGGCUUGACAGCAAGCCGGUUCUCUCGACCUUGACCACUUCGGUCGGCCUGUUGCUCCCGCCGACAAUGCCCAGCCUGCCCCCCUUCAUUAAGAAAGAGGAGAAUCACUCCGUCGCAAUAACCAGCCCCUCCAGUUCUCUAAAAAGUGACUCAGGUGCUGCAGAGCCCUCCAUGAAAAUUAGCGAUGGCGUGUCAGAAGAAGGUGAAGGUGGCACUCUGCCUACCUCAAAUGGAAAGACGGAAGAGAGCAACCCGCUGUCUAGCAUCUACACAAGCGUGAGCUCUGCUGCUGAGAACUCUCUAGACUAUUCCUCAACCAACAGUCCCCCCAUGACCACAAAUCCACUUAUGCCCCUCAUGUCUGAGCAGUUCAAGGCUAAGUUCCCCUUUGGUGGCCUCCUUGACCCCUUGCAGGCUUCUGAGACCUCCAAGCUGCAGCAGCUCGUGGAGAACAUUGACAAGAAGGUGACCGACCCAAAUGAGUGUGUCAUCUGCCACAGGGUGCUCAGUUGUCAGAGCGCCCUGAAAAUGCACUACCGCACACACACCGGCGAGAGGCCCUUCAAGUGUAAAGUGUGUGGCCGAGCGUUCACCACUAAAGGGAACCUAAAAACUCACUACAGCGUCCACCGCGCCAUGCCCCCACUGAGGGUCCAGCACUCCUGCCCCAUCUGCCAGAAGAAGUUCACCAACGCCGUGGUCUUGCAGCAGCACAUCAGGAUGCACAUGGGCGGACAGAUCCCCAACACCCCCCUCCCUGACACCUACCCAGAAUCCAUGGAGUCUGACACGGGGUCGAUGGAUGAGAGAAACUUCGAUGACUUGGACUUUUCUGAUGAGAACAUGGACAACAUGGAGGACUUUCCCGACAGCAGCAUCCCAGACACGCCCAGAUCUGUCGAUGCGUCCCAAGAUAGCCUCUGUUCUUCCCCGAUGCCCCUGGAGAUGAUGGGGGUGGCAGGCCUUGAGAGCCAGAUGAAGAUGGCCCACCAAGGGAUUGUGGAGGAGCUGCAUGCCAGCAGGUUUCAGUCUUUUGAGAACGGCUCCAUAGAAGGCGAUCAUCUCACCAAUGACUCCUCAUCCUUUGGAGGGGACUUUGACAGCCAAAAUGUGGGGAGUCCGGCUAUGUCUGAAUCUACCUCUUCUAUGCAGGCACCUUCCCCCACCCCCAGUGCACCUGUGCACCGAAAAUCCCCCGGCAUUGAAGAGAGACAGCAGACGGCUUCCUUGUCCGAGCCCAUUGGUGCAGGCCUUGCGCAGUCUGGUUCCACCGGCAUGGGGGCCUUAGACUUGACAUCUUGCAACCCGUCGAAAGACCCCCUGAGCAUGGUCUUCCCCUUCCGCGAGCGGGGCACCUUCAAGAACACGGCGUGCGACAUCUGUGGCAAGACGUUCGCCUGUCAGAGUGCCUUGGACAUUCACUACCGAAGCCAUACCAAAGAGAGACCGUUUAUUUGCACAGCCUGCAACCGGGGCUUCUCCACCAAGGGCAAUCUCAAGCAGCACAUGCUCACCCACCAGAUGCGCGACCUGCCCUCCCAGCUCUUCGAGCCGUCCAACCCCGGCCUCACCUCCAGCUCCAGCCCCUCCCUCCUCGCCGUCAGCUCGCUGUCCUCCAUGAUCAAGACGGAGGUCAACGGCUUCCUGCACGGCUCCUACCAGGAGUGCAAGGAGCCCCCGGUCAGCCUGGUCACUUCGUCUGCCGCCACGUCGCCCGUACUGUCUGCCGGCGCCGCCGCCGCCGCGCCGCCGCGUCGAACCCCCAAGCAGCACUUCUGCAACACCUGCGGGAAGACCUUCUCGUCCUCCAGCGCCCUGCAGAUCCACGAGAGGACCCACACCGGGGAGAAGCCCUUCGCUUGUACCAUCUGCGGUCGGGCAUUCACUACCAAAGGCAAUCUCAAGGUUCACAUGGGAACGCACAUGUGGAACAGCGCCCCGGCCCGCCGGGGUCGAAGGCUCUCCGUGGACGGUCCCAUGGCCUUCCUGGGGACCAACCCCGUCAAGUUCCCCGAGAUCUUCCAGAAGGACAUGGCGUCCCGUGUCGGCAGCGGGGACCCGGCCAGCUUCUGGAACCAGUACGCGGCCGCCUUCUCCAACGGCCUGGCCAUGAAGACCAACGAGAUCUCGGUCAUCCAGAACGGGGGCCUCCCGCCCCUGUCGGGGAGCGUGGGGAACGGGGGCAGCUCGCCCGUCGGCGGCCUGACGGGCAGCCUGGAGAGGCUGCACAGCUCGGAACCUAACGCCGCCCUGGUGGGGCUGGAGAAAAUGGCCAACGCGGAGAACGGGAACCACUUCCGUUUCACCCGCUUCAUGGAGGACAAUAAAGAGAUUGUGACCAACUAGCCGGGGCAUAUUAGCAUUCCCCAGACGUGUGCACACAAACACAACACGAGUGUGCGAGAGAAACAAACACCAGAAGAAGAAGAAGAAGAAGGAGGGGAAAAAAGCACCAGAUGAGAAGAAAUGUCGAGCUUUGGGGGCUUGCCUUGGAAACUUAAUGAACUUAAAAGGUUAAGAGGACAUGCUUUUUUGUACAAUGUACAACAUAUUAUAGUUUUAAGGAGUUUAUUUAUUAGUGAUUAUAACCUUGCUUGGAAUCAAGUGGAAGCAUUAACAAUUUCUUUAGUUUUCUGUUCUUUAGCCAGAAUGGAUUUGUAUGAGUGCUUAAAAAUGUGCUUUUGAAACUUAGCAUUUGCAACCAUACCUGGGUAGAUUACCUUGGCAUUAAAUUAUUUUAUAUAUGUAGUAUAUAUAACAUAACCUUUGAUGUUCAUGUAAUGCAUUAGAUCUUUAAUAAAGCAGAAAGAGGCUGUAAAUACCGUC